CACAUUAAAAUGAGUGAGGAAAUGCUUCGGUUCCGCUCGCACCGUCUGGAGAAAUUCCGUUAUGUUAAAGCAAGGCUCCAAAGGCGAAUCACAGGAGACACGUAAACAAACCACAACAAACCGUGAUUGUUUAUCGCGUCUGCCUUGACGGUCCCGUCAUACCGUGGUAGCCUCCGCCGGCUUUAUUCUCGAAUGUUUUCUAGAGGACCCCGGUUCCAACCUGAAAAGCGAAAUGAUGUGCCUGGUCCUUGCGCGUACAAUACGGUAGAUCUUGAUGCCAACACACACAAGAAGGGUGCGUUUUUGGAGAAGACGGACAGAUUCUCAAAGGAAAUAGCUGUAGAUGGGCCAGGUCCGAAUGCUUACCUAGGAAACCUAGAGCCUCGACCAAUUUCUAAGCCGGCGAUAUCGUCGGCAGUGAUCCACCAACAACUCGAUGCCCUCAAGUCCAGAUUAGAGAAAGAGCAUGCGCGCGAAAUACAAAGACUAGAUCAAAAAUUAUCGCGAUUAGAGGCAAAGAAUAGCGAACUUGCAAAGGAGCGGGCAGCGUUUCAAACAUCGUCGUCUCAAGCUGAACGUGAACUACGUUUGGCAGCCCAGAGAGAAAGCACGCUAAGGGUUUCGCUCGAGAAGACUGAAGAGGCCGUAACGCGUCUCCAAGAACGAGCAGGGAACUAUGCGACCUUGCAGAAGAAACUGGACAAUCUUCAUGAAAUCCACAUCGAAAGUAAGCGUCAGUACAAGGAGCAAGUCGAAAAGCUCCAGGCUGAGUUUGAUCGACAGCAUGAAGAACAUUCCAAUCUCCAAGCCGAACUCAGGUCACUUCGAGCGUCGUUUGAAUCGGAGAGAAAGCUGCACACCGAAUCAUCGGUUGCACAGCAGAAGGCACGAGGCGACUUAGAACAAUCGUUACGUGUUGAGAGGAAAAAGCUGGAGGAUGCUUUAUCAAAACUUGACACAGCCGCCUCGUCGGCGGAGAAUGCUGCUCAGCAGAACAUUCACCUUCAGGAGGAAGUAUUCGCCGCCAGGGAAGAGCGGGAUGCCGCUCAAACCACCCUGGAAGCCCUGAACGAAGAGAUCGACGCCCAACGGUUAGCUAUGCGGCAGGCGGCAGAAAAAUACAGCGACUUGACUUCACGCUCUGUUUCCAUGGAUAUUUAUCGUGCGCUUCGGUUUUCUCAUGCCCAGAAGGAGGUGGAGGUUGUUCGACUCGAGCGCAAGCAUGCGGAUCGUUCUGGUCAAGUAACCGAGCUCGCUCAAAUGAUUCGGAAUGCUGAAGAGAUUAACGCCCUUUUACGUGCCGAGCUAGACAUGAGGAAUGAGGAGAUUCAGCAGCUAAGGCUGUCAUGUCGUGAACUCAGCGAGCAGGAUUGUCGUACAACCGACCUGAGGGAAAUCCAGAGUAUGCAGGCGUCGGUUCAGGAGGGGUUGGAUGAAUACAACCGACACCAAUUCGAUGCGCAAGUUUCUUACGCGAGGAACGAGAAGCUCAUCUCGCAGCACUGCCUGGCCGUCCUGAAAGAGGUCCUCUCCACUCUCCAGGGUCUCUUCGGCUCCACGGAACUAGUCGAGAGAUAUGUCGAUGCCACCGUUACAUGCAUCCUCCCUCGACUCGCUUCUCUGGAGGCGCAUGCUGAUAUUCUUGAGACUUCAAAUGCAUCAAAAGAUGACCAGCUCUCUGCACAAGCUGAACGUCUCGAAGAACUGCGGUUGCGCGAUGAAGAUCACGAACGACGAACACGAGAGGCAGAAGAGUGCUUAGCCCAACAAAUAGCCGAAGGUGACCGCGCCAGGGCAGCCACCGCUCUCCAGAUGAAAACCUUAAAUGACAUGCUUGCCCUUGCGAAGAUUACGGAGAAGAAUUUGUUGAACGAUGUCGCAAGUUUGGAAGCUUCACUCAAUGACGGCGUCAAGUUCCAGGAAGCUCAUGAUGCAUUGCUAAAACAAGUUGACAUUCUCGUAUCACGCAAUGUCCUCGCGGAGGAAGAGGCAGAGCACCUCUCCAAAUUCAAUGCACAGAUUCUAGGUCACACAAACGUCAAUCAACGCAUCUAUUACGUAGAUCGCCUCAGAAAAGAGAUGUCGGAGAUCAAGCAGACCCUAAUUACCGCCGAAUGGGAGCGAAAUGCCGUGAAAGAGGAAAAUGCUCGCCUGCGGCACGAACUGGAUCUCUAUAAGGCAGUCAAGCCAACCAAUGCACCUCCUUCGCAUGUCGUCAUAAAGGAUGCCUCAGCGCCGCCACCCCCCAAGAUGACGCGGAUAGACCGCGUACCGCUCGCAUCGCGGGACAUGAAUGCAGACUGGCAAUUGGAAUCGUUCAAGUCUAUCCAGAAAAGCAAAGGAAAGCAGGCUGACCACAUGGACAGCAUGAGCAUUACCGAAUUGUCGAGUCGGAUUUGAAGGCUAUGGUGGAUUUAUGUAUUCUUGAUUUAUUCGCGAUUUGUUCUGCACUUUGCUUUGUUGUCGCUACAUUGGACUGACCCUGGACAUAUAUAUUGGAAUCACGAAAUUGGUGCCAGCGGUUCCCCAUCACAGGUUUAGGCUACAGCUUAUAGGAAAAUGUUCCACCAGUGCUGAACCCAAUGAGUAGACCUGAUGUCACGACGCACGCUCAGGUA